AUGUUCGCAUUUAUCACUGUUAAUAAUAAUAAUAAAAUCGUGAAAUUCAACAUAGAGGACAUUUUAGCCAUUCAACAACUCUAUGGAAUUAAAAAUCUAAGACUAACAAUAACUACACAACCACCACCACCACUAUCAACGACAACUACCGAAAUUACGACAAAUAAACCCGAGUACAUAGAUCUCUGUACUUUACAAUAUGUGGAUACGGUAAAUAUAGAUGAUACAAAAUACGACGGACCACUAAACAGCUACAUGAAUUUCCUUUCGAAUAAUUUCUCUUUAUCAGCCGCGUAUCAAAGGCCUUCAGGUGAAAUAGUACUGUUUGUAAAUAAUAUAGUUUACGUGGUCGAGUAUCCCAGUUUCAAAUUGAAAGAAGGUUGCCCAAAACGUCUCUCGAGUCUAGGAUUUCCCCCGAACGCUUUGAUCGAUACCAUAGUAAAUACUAACAGAGGACAAACCUAUGUAAUCUUCAAUAAUAACAAUGUGACACAGAUAGACGAAUGUAGUGUGAGUGUUCGCUCGUAUCAAUCGUUACAAGCGGUAUUCCCAGGAAUACCGUCAGCUCCGACCUUGGCCUUUCGAUAUAUGGAUGGUAAUCUGUACUUUGCCAAAAAACAACAAUUUUACAAAUUUAAUGAGUUCAUGAGAACCGUAACAGAGACUGGUAAAUUUAAUAUAAACGUACUCAACGUCGAAUAUUCGAGAGACGGAUUAUUGCAACAAAUGCAGGAUAUCUUAGGUCGACUAAUUCGAUCAAGUAAUACAUAUUGA